AUGGACGAUGACCUCCCGCCUCUGCAUGUGUUCGAUCUGCCGCAGCUGUACACCAAACCGGCCGCUGCAGAAAUACUUCUUGCUUUAGACCGCCUAGCAGUUCAGCCUCGCACAUUUGGCGAUGAAACCUCUAUCCACAGCCGGAUUGACCCUGCCGGUGUUGCGCAGUACCUGACCGGCAUUAUAUCCAGCGCCCUCUCCUGGCUCGAUUCGGACGAGUUGCGCGAGUCGAUAUGGGACGCAGCUAGUACCAGGUUGUGUGAGCGCUCCGGAAGGACAGCCCUACCAUCGAUAUCCCGGGUUUUCAAAAUCCCAAUGACCGACUCCACAGACUUUCCGGUGACCCUACAUGAACCGUCUCUCACUUCGGACAAUUUGGGCAUGAAGACUUGGGUAUCAUCAUAUCUGCUUGCUAGGCGCCUUGGAAAGUUUCUAUUGCCGCCACUGGAAUUGCUCCUUUCCACGUACAAUGACGUUCGACCCCUUCAGGCGCUUGAAUUGGGUGCCGGGACCGGCCUGGUGGGCAUCGCAUUUGCGUCUUUGUGGGGCUCUGCUGCUUCUGUCCACCUUACUGAUUUACCAGAGAUUGUACCGAACCUGGCCCAUAACGUAUCCUUGAACCACGAGCUUUUGCUAAAGACGGGGUCAGCGGUCACUACAGGCGUCCUGGAUUGGUCGAUACAAGGCCAAGCUGAACCGGAAAAUCGUGAAAAAUACGAUAUUAUUCUUGCUGCUGAUCCGCUGUACUCGCCAGACCAUCCGCGGUGGUUAGUCCAAACCAUUCAGCGAUGGCUUCGUCCCGGAAGGGAAUCAAGGGUUGUACUUGAGAUGCCUCUCCGGGACGCCUACCUGUCGCAAGUGAAUGAGCUCAAAAAGAGGAUGCGUAGAAUCGGGCUGAUGAUUCUAGCAGACGGCGAAGAAACUGGACACGAUGACUGGGAAAGUAAAGAUGGCUCACCUCUCGAGGUCCGUUGCUGGUGGUCUGUCUGGACGUGGGAGGCGGAUUAA